AUGGGUCUCGAAUUUGGACUCACUGAUUCGCAAUUCUUAAUGUUAUUGCGAGAAAAACAACGAAGUAAUCAAGCAUUCUAUCUCGAUUAUAAAAUCAAAAAGUACGCUCGGAUGCACAAGACCACGAGAAUUUAUGAUCUGAACGAUUUUCUUAAGAAACAAUCCAUGUAUGAAUUGGACCAACAAAACCUGUUAUUAUUACAACUAAUCUUCUGGAAAGUUUGUCGAAUUAUCAACAAACAAAACAACCCAGGUCAACAAAUCCGAUGGGAGCCGAUCGGAUCCGCCCAUCCGACGAGAUCCGAUAGGAUUCCUGGCGACGGAAUUGCAUUGGAUUCCGACUGGAAAAAUCCAGCCAUUUGUUGCAAAUUUUAUGAGCGUUAUUUUUAG